AAAAAAACGUAAACAUUAGAUUGUGAAAUUCAACGUGUACAGAAAAAAAUUUAAAUAAAAUAAAAAUUAUUGAAAUAAAAGAAAUGACAGAAGUGGAAUUAGGCAAAGAAUCAAACACAGAAGAGAAGGAAGAUAUUGUGACUCCGUGGGAUGUUGAGAGUGCCAACGAAACAGGAGUUGAUUAUGAGAAAUUAAUUAAGAGAUUUGGUAGUUCAAGGGUUGACGAUGCACUGAUUGAGAAGCUGGAAAAAAUAAUCAAAAAGCCAGUCCAUCAUUUUAUCAAACGAGGAAUUUUCUUCUCACAUCGCGAUCUUCACGGAUUACUAAAUGCCUACGAACAAGGAAAACCUUUUUAUUUAUACACCGGUCGUGGACCGUCUUCGGAAUCUAUGCAUCUCGGACACUUAGUGGCAUUUAUUAUUACAAAAUGGUUCCAGGAAGCUUUUAACGUUCCACUUGUGGUUCAAAUGUCUGAUGAUGAAAAGGUAAUCUGGAAAGAUCUUACUGUUGAGGAAGGAAUUAGAUUAACAGUAGAGAAUGCAAGAGAUAUUAUUGCUUUAGGAUUUGAUCCUGAAAAGACAUUCAUCUUCUCAAAUCUAUGCUUUAUGGGCCAAUGUCCAGAAUUCUACAAGAAUAUAGUCAGAAUUGAGAAAUGUGUGACAUAUAAUCAAGUAAAAGGAAUCUUUGGUUUUUCGGAAGCUGAUAAAUUAGGCAAAGUUGGAUUUCCAGCUGUAGAAGCAGCACCUGCACUGUCAUCAACCUUUCCAUUUAUUUUUGGCGAUAAGAAGCGACAAGUAUUAAUUCCAUGUGGAAUUGAUCAAGAUCCAUAUUUCCGUAUGUUAAGAGAUGUGGCACCGCGUCUAGGAUAUCCAAAACCAGCACUUAUACAUUCAGCAUUCUUCCCAGCAUUACAAGGUGCAAAAUCGAAGAUGUCAGCAAGUGACUUUAAUUCUGCAAUUUUCCUAACCGACACAGCUGAUGAAAUCUCUAUGAAACUUAAUGAGCAUGCAUUUUCAUCGGAAGGAAAUUGUGAUGCUGACGUUCCUUAUAGUCUCCUUACAUUUUUUAUGGAAGAUGAUAAGGAAUUGGAAAGAAUACGAAAUGCUUACAAUUCUGGUCAAAUGUCGAGUGCAGAGAUGCGAAAACUAGCUAUCGAUUGUUUGCAGCCAUUCAUUGCUCAGCAUCAAGAGAAAAGGAAACUUGUAACAGAUGAAGUAGUGCAGCAGUUUAUGACAGUGAGGAAAUUGAAAUGUUAAACUUUUUUUUCUAUCCAGGAAAUGAAUUAAAUAAAAAUUAAAUUAAUGCUUUCUGCAAGACAAUUUUUGAGUGUCAAUGACAUAAUUGAAAUGUGC